AUGUCACCCUGGGAACCGGCUGUUUUGAGCCGACUUCACGGCACGAUUCGACCAAAGACUCAUUCACGAUACGCUGUCGGUUUCAUGGAAUCGAAUCAUAGGGCGGUCGACUUGGAGCCCUCACGCCGCCGCAAAGGCUUCAGGCCUGUCAACACGCUCGAUUCGCGCACAAAGCCCACCUUCGAACGAACCACUUUCGCCAACACGAACCGCGAGAUACCUUCGCCUGCGCUCGCAUUCGACGACAACACACAUACUUUGGUGGGAUCUGGUAAAGCGCAGCGACUCCCAAACAUGGUCAGAGAACGGAGCCCAUCCAGAACAUCGUCAGGACAGUAUCUAUCACCGCAGAAGUCGGAGAGGCCGCCACUGGCCAACAUCAGCGCGAAGAUGCAGUCUCCGUCGCCGAAACAAGGCACGAAAACCGAUAGUGAUGCUCAAGCGAAGCCACCUACUCAGCCAGAAUUUGGCAAAGCGAGCCCUCUCCGAAACCCGCUGCGCAAGCAAAACCCAAGCGUCUUCAUACCCAAGCCGAAGCCUGUUCAAAAGCGCUCGCCACCCUCUCAGUCACACAGCGAGGCAUCGUUCCAGACGCAACCCGCAGCGAGGCCUACACCUCCGCAGGACGCGCCCACGUUCUACCUGCCAGGACAGCGCUGCCCAGCGCCAGCGCCGCAGUACAACUCAGCUCUUGCAGCUGCUCAAGCCUAUACAAGCCAGCCAUAUCAGCGGAGCUUCCAGCCAGAUCCAGUGCAGAUCGCGAAACCCACCAAUGCGCCUGCGCAGAAUGUCCAGCCUCGCAAGCCGCCGACCUUCUCCUCUAUCGGCCCAAACACUUUCUACCAGCCUUUCGUCCCGCCCAAGCAGGUUGUGGAUCUGACGAAAGAUGCGAACAAUGACGAUGAAGACAGUUUCGACCCGGAUGCUGAGAUUCGGGCGGAGAGCCGCAAGUUCGGCGAGCCAGACCCGUUCAUGUACGUCGACUCGUCACAAGCGAACGACAACAUCAAGAAUCUACUCGAGGGCGCAUUUGACGACGAAGAUGACAAGCCAAAGACACGGCUUCGAAAGCGCGCUAAGAAGGCGCUUGAUGAGGGCAAUGUCAAAGAGGCGAAAGGUCUGUCUGCCAAGCUGGCGGCGCUGGACGUCAAAGAUGAGGAGAAGCCGGCGGAUACUGAGGCAGCUGAAGAGGAAGAGGACGAGGACGACGGUACAGUGGAGGGCCUGAAUGUCAAACUUCUACCACAUCAGGUCGACGGAGUGGCAUGGAUGAUUGAAAAAGAGAUUGGCGAGCGAAAGAGACGCGGUGUUCUGCCGUAUGGCGGCAUAUUAGCAGAUGACAUGGGCUUGGGAAAGACCGUGCAGUCGAUCUCCCUGAUCUUGACCAACGCACGUCCAGGUCCAGACGCGAAGCCAGAACACUCAAAGCAAAAGCUUCCAGGCAAAGAAGUCAGCAAAUGCACGCUCGUCGUCGCACCUCUGGCGCUGAUCAAGCAGUGGGAGGACGAGAUCAAGACAAAAGUGUCUAAGAGUCACUCUCUUCGUGUUCUCGUCCACCACGGCCCUUCACGCACCAAGUCUGCUUUGCAGUUGAAGAAGUACGAUGUGGUCAUCACCACCUAUCAAACUCUCACCUCCGAGCAUGCUGGUUCAAACAUGGAUCGACCUGAUGGGACCAAGGUUGGAUGUUUUGGCGUUCACUGGUAUCGCAUGAUCCUCGAUGAAGCACACAGCAUCAAGAACCGCAAUGCCAAAGCUACGCAGGCUGCAUGCGCCCUCAACUCGUGGUUCAGAUGGUGCUUGACUGGAACACCGAUGCAGAAUAACCUCGACGAGCUGCAGAGUCUGAUCAAGUUCCUGAGGAUCAAGCCAUUCUGUGAGCUGCCGGAAUGGAAGGAGAGGAUCACAACGCCGAUGAAGAACGGUCGCGGUGGCUUGGCGAUGAAGAGGUUGCAGUACUUCUUGAAAGCCGUCAUGAAACGACGAACCAAAGACAUUCUGAAGAAGGAAGGGGCUCUCAACUUCGGCGGGAAGUCAAAGAACGACGAAGGGGAAGGAGGCGGCAAUAAGGGAGGCAUGCAGAUCGUGAAGCGAGAGGUGGUCACCGUUGAGUGCGACUUCGACAAGGCUGAGAAGCACUUCUACGAGCGUUUACAGAGCCGCGCAGACGACCGACUGCAGGAGAUGUCGAAGAAGGGCAAGAACGACUACAUCGGCGCGCUUGUCAUUUUGCUUCGACUGCGGCAGGCGUGCAAUCAUCCGCGUCUGGUGGAGAUGGCCAUGAACAAGGACAAGGAUGCCAUGACGACUGGGGCUGGUAUGAGUGGGAGCCAGACACCUAGGAAGAACAGCAGGGCGGAUGAUGGAGACAUGGAUGCAUUGACGGCGCUGAUGGGUGGGGUUAGCGUCCAGGCCAAGCAGUGCGAUGUCUGCCAGGUCGAUCUUUCUGCGGCCGAGAAGAGCAACGGAUUGGUACGAUGCUCAGAGUGCGAGGAGGACCUGAGGGCUAUGAGGCAGGGCGCGAAGAAGAGGAAAUCGAAGAAACAGAAGUCAAAGGAGGUGAAGGCUGAGAAGGCGCCCAGGCCAGCUCGCAAUCGCAGAAUCAUUCAAGAUGAUAGCGAUGAAGAGGGCGAAGGCGAGUGGAUUGGGAACGGCUCUGAGCAACAUAUCGAUCUUGGCAAAGCUGGCGGCACCGACGACGAGGAUGCUGAGGGUGGAGGGGAGACGCUUGACUCCAUUGACUCCGUGAGAAGCGCCGACGACAGCGAAGACGAUGACGACUCGCCACCACGAGCUGCCAAAAGAUGGCCCGCCGUGAAGCACGAAUUCGACGAAGAUGAAGACAGUAGUGAAGCUGAAGAAGACGAAGAGGAUUCAGACUCCGACUCCGACGUCCCCAUCAUCUCCGGCCUCCAGCACAGCGGCAAGUCCGACGCAGCCCCAUCCUCCAAAGUCCGCAGCCUGCUACGCAUCCUCCACGCCGAACUCCCCUCCCAUAAGACCAUCGUCUUUUCUCAAUUCACCUCAAUGCUCGACCUCAUCGAGCCCCAUCUCAAAAAGAGCAACUUCCGCUACGUCCGCUACGACGGCAGCAUGCGCCCCGACGAGCGCGAAGCCUCUCUCAGCGCCCUGCGCAAAGAUCCCAACUGCCGCAUCCUGCUCUGCUCCCUGAAAUGCGGCAGCUUGGGUCUCAACCUCACCGCCGCCUCGCGCGUCGUCAUCUUUGAGCCGUUCUGGAACCCGUUCGUGGAAGAACAAGCUAUCGACCGCGUCCACCGUCUCAACCAGACUGUGGACGUGAAAGUCUACCGUCUCACUGUCCGCGACACCGUCGAAGCGCGGAUUUUAGAUCUGCAGGAGCGGAAGCGCGAGUUGGCGAAAGCGGCUAUCGAGGGUGGCAAGGCGGUCGGCAAGCUCAGUAUGCAAGACAUUCUGUCGCUGUUCAAGCAUGAUGGGGGCGGGCAUGAUGAGGAUGAUGCGGAGAUGUUUAGGAAGUUUGGACAGGAGAGGAAGAUUUUGGAUGGGAAGGACACGGGGCCUGAGAGGAUGGGGGAGUCGGAAAGGAGGGUGCAUAAGCCCGGGAAGGUUGGGUUGUAUAAGGAGCAUGAUGUUUAUGGGAGGCGGUGGUGA